AACCAACGCACGCACACUGCAUAAGACUAGCAUUUGGCAUUUCUUCUCCUCCGGGAGAUUGAAUUUUCAGCUGUUCCUUCCGAAGCAGCCAAAGCUUUUCUAGGGUUUCUGGAGAAUUUGGAUGCGCGCGAAUGGCUUCGUCGGCAGAGACCAGCGACGGAGAGAACGAGCUGGAGCUGAUCGUGCGCGACGCAUCAGGUUCCGAUGAUGGCAGCCUGGCCGCCACGGACGAGAUAGUCCCUCUCUUAACGCCGCCUGAGAAGCCCAAAAUCAAUAUAUUCACCGUCUCUUAUCCUCGAAAAGCGCCUAGGGAUCAGGUAAGGAAACCACUUGAAGCAGAGACAUCCCCAGUAGCUCAUUUUAUUUCAUGGGUAUGGAGUGGAUCGAGAUACUCUGGUCUAAUGUGUAUGGCCAUCUCAUCUACCAUCUACUUUGUCAUGGAAGUUUUUUCCGAAGUUCUUUCUGCUCAGCCCAUUUCUUUGCUUGAGGCUGCGUUUGCAAGAUGUAUGAUUAUCUUGGUAUUGUCAUUUGUGUGGUUGAGAAAGAGCGGACAGCCAAUAGCUGGGCUGGCAAAUGUGAAAAAUCUUUUGAUCUCAAGAGCCCUUAUGGGAUAUCUCUCAUUAAUAAGUUUCAUUUAUUGCAUUCAAAGGUUACCUUUGUCUCAGGCUAUUGUAUUGAGCUUUACCACUCCAAUUAUGGCUUCAAUUGUGGCCAGAGUCAUUCUACAUGAGAAGUAUAAAAUUGCAGAUGUUGGAGGUCUUGCGUGCAGUUUCUUUGGUGUGCUCUUCAUUUUUCGACAAAUGCUUACUACGCAAGAUAAAAAUGGAGGAAAGAAUACAAGUGUCAAGGGAAGCAGCCAUACAUAUGCAAUCUUAGCCGGUAUAUUUUCAUCAAUAACCGGCGGAAUCAGCUACUGCCUUACAAGGGCUGGAGCAAAAGCAUCUGAUCAGCCACUGUUGACAGUCUUUUCAUUUGGUAUACUGGCUAGUCCUGCUUCAGGAAUUUGUCUUUUUGCCCUUGAGGAGUUUGUUUUCCCGGAUGUUUAUUCAUUUUCAGUUAUGCUUGUACUUGGUGUUCUGGCCUUCUUUGCAGAGGUAUUUUUAGCUCGUGGACUGCAGCUUGAGAAAACCGGCAAAGUUGCAAAUGUUAUAUACAUGGAGGCUGCCCUGUCACAAUUAUGGGGCAUUGGUUCCUCAAGGAUUGCUCUAUCGUUUGGUCGAAUUUUUGGAUGUCUGCUUAUUUUCGUUUCUGUUUGUUGCACCAUGUAUAUUGGACCUGAAAAAGAAAUGGAAUGAAAGAUGCAAUUUCUUCUGAUUUGUUAAAAGUUGGGCACCUCAUUUGUUGUACUCAACCUGUUCAUUUGUAGAGUUCUUAAAAUUGUAUACAUUGUUACAAUGCAAGGUAGCAAGCAAAUACAGAGCCUUCGUUUCUUGAUUCA